GGAAGCAUCCUUCGCCGGAUAAAAAAACAUGGCUCCGACGAAGAAAGGAAAGAAGAGCAAUUUGGCCGCAUCAACCACGGCAAAACCCACCGCCGAUAACACUUCGAGCUUUCCGUCAUGUUUGCGCCUUCUUGCCCCUUCCUCCGUCGCCAUCACAAUCCACGCGAAGCCUGGUUCCAAAUCUGCCUCCAUCACCAAUGUGAGCGACGAAGCGGUGGGCGUUCAGAUCGAUGCUCCGGCUAGGGAUGGUGAGGCUAACGCUGCACUUCUCGAAUACAUGAGCUCUGUGUUGGGGGUGAAAAGAAGACAAGUUUCAUUGGGUUCAGGAUCCAAGUCUCGAGAUAAAGUUGUGAUUGUCGAGGAUAUGACCCAACAAAGAGUCUUCCAAGCUUUGUCUGAAGAAUCAAAACCUACCUAAAAUUCUCCUCAAGGCUGGAACUUCAUGGAAGAAACGAAGCACUACAAGCUUAAGUGGUUGAUGAAGAUUUCUCAGACUUGUAAUAGAGAGAUCAUUGGUUAGGUAUACUAUGGUUAAUUGGUUAUAUGCGCAAUGUAAAUCUUUAGACUCUUGCUUGUUAUAACCCAGCUGCGUUUAGUCUACUUAUUUAUUUUUUUGCUUGUGGACACCACUGGGCUAUUAUCUACUAUUUUGUUGAAUACAAAGAAAGCUAUUAGCUUUAAGAAUACUAAAAACAACGUUUUGG